AUGGGUUACCAACACGCAACUCGCGAUAUGGUGGCGUACUUGCGCAUUGCGUCGCCCAUUAUCCUGCUCCUCAUAUUUGUCGCCUCCUUCAUUGCCAGCUCCAUUGUUACGGCUAGAAAUGCGAACAAGAACGCCAAUGCCGUUCACACAGGUCCCGGUGGGCGACCACUUCCCAAACGGUCCCGGAGUACAAUGACCGUGAUCAAGGCACCGCAAAAGUUCUCGGAACGCACAAAAUUGUUGUUCAAGUGGCUGUCUGUCGGGGUACUGUUGACAAUUGCCGCAGAUGGUGCCCUUAAUGUGGCCCAUGUCAUGAUUGCAAGAUCGGAACACUGGUGGUGUGGCCAAUCAGUGGUGAUCUAUGUCGUGGGCUCAUUCUUCGACUACGCAAUCAUACUUGUCUCCCUGUUGGAUACAAACCCCUCUCCAACCUUCGCCCAAUUCAUUCCAUGGCUAGUGGCGAUUCCGAUUGAGCUGGGUAUCCUAGGAACCUCUCUCUCCAUCUAUUCCGACGUACACCGCGAACCUGUGGUUGGGAAUCCUGUUGGUGGUCGCCUGAGACAAGGUAUAACGCCGUGGGAGUUGGCGGAGGUGGUCCUGAACUGUAUCAGGGUACUGUUCCUCAUGGCUAUGGUCAUGUCGUACAUGUUUCAUACGAUCAACUUCAACUCCAAAAGAGCUCAUGGUCACGCCAAUGGGGUCAAUGAGACCACGGGAUUACUCAACGGCCACCACGCGGAAAACGGGAAUGCUUAUGGCUCAACGAAUGGUCACGCGCAGGCUUCCAAGCCCACCGACCCGUGGGUUCGCCCGACUACAGUUCCGUCAACUAGUUGGUGGGAGUAUCUCAGCGGUUAUUCACUAUUUUUCCCAUACCUGUGGCCAUCGAAAUCCCGUCGCUUGCAAAUAGUAGUGGUCAUCUGCUUUCUGCUAAUUGUAUUGCAACGGAUCGUGAAUGUGCUGGUUCCUUACCAGGCAGGUGUCAUUACCAACAUGCUCUCCAAACAAGACGGCGAGUUUAGAGUCCCGUGGUUCAACAUCUGUCUCUACAUUCUCUACCGGUGGUUGCAGGGCAACCAGGGUCUUAUCGGCUCUUUGCGGUCUAAUCUAUGGAUUCCUGUGAGCCAGUACUCCUACAUGGAGCUUUCGACAGCGGCUUUCGAGCACGUGCACGGUCUGAGUCUCGAUUUUCACCUAGGGAAAAAGACGGGUGAAGUGCUAUCUGCCCUGAGCAAGGGCAGUUCGAUCAACACAUUCCUCGAACAAGUAACCUUUCAGGUCGUCCCUAUGUUGGUUGACCUCUGUGUUGCGAUUGUCUUCUUCCUUGUCUUCCUAGACGCUUAUUAUGCGCUCGUGGUGACUAUCGUCACUUUCUGCUAUCUCUACGUCACCGUGCGGAUGGCACAAUGGCGAGCGGAAAUCCGCAGAGAGAUGGUCAACAAGUCCAGACAAGAAGACGCUGUUAAGAACGAUUCUAUGGUCUCCUAUGAAACCGUGAAAUAUUUCAAUGCCGAAGAAUAUGAAUUUGGCAGAUACAGAAAUGCCGUGUCUGACUUCCAGAAGGCCGAAUAUCACGUUCUCUUCUCCCUCAAUCUGCUGAAUACAUCGCAGAACACUGUUUUCAUGCUAGGUUUGCUGAUUGCAUGCUUUAUCGCGGCCUAUCAGGUAUCGUUAGGACAGCGGGAUGUUGGUCAGUUUGUUUCACUCCUCACAUACAUGGCCCAAUUGCAAGGGCCCUUGAACUUCUUCGGCACCUUCUACCGUUCCAUCCAGUCAGCCAUGAUAAACUCAGAGCGGUUGUUGGAACUGUUCAGGGAGCAGCCCACCGUGGUCGAUCGACCCAGCGCCAGGCCCCUGCCACUCUGCAAGGGUGAUAUCAUGUUUGAAAAUGUCGAGUUCUCAUAUGACACCCGGAAACCAGCCUUAAAUGGGCUGACAUUCCGCUGCGAGCCCGGGACAACCACAGCUCUGGUGGGUGAGUCAGGCGGAGGAAAGUCCACUGUUUUCCGUCUACUCUUCCGGUUUUAUAACGCGACGAGGGGCCGCAUCCGUGUAGAUGGGCACGAUGUGGAAAGUAUCACAAUCGAUUCGCUCCGAAAGCACAUCGGUGUUGUGCCACAGGACACGGUGCUCUUCAAUGAGACAUUGAUGUACAAUUUGAAGUACGCCAAUCAGGACGCGACGGAUGAGGAGGUCUAUGAAGCUUGCCGUGCUGCCAGCAUCCACGACAAGAUCAUGUCCUUCCCCGAUGGAUAUAGCACUAAGGUCGGUGAGCGCGGUCUCCGGCUCAGCGGCGGAGAGAAACAGCGGGUUGCCAUUGCUCGGACCAUUCUCAAGAACCCGCGAAUAAUUCUUCUGGAUGAAGCGACUGCUGCGCUGGACACAGAAACAGAGGAGCACAUCCAGGGCGCGCUGUCCAGCCUUUCCCGUGGGCGGACGAUGCUUGUUAUUGCUCAUCGACUGAGUACCAUCACGACAGCAGACAGGAUAGUAGUCUUGCAUGAAGGCCGAGUGGCCGAAAGUGGCACUCACGAUCAAUUGCUGGCAAUGAAAGGUCGAUAUGCCAGUAUGUGGCGUAAACAGAUUCGUGCCCAGAGGGCUGCCGCGGAAGCCCAAGUGCUUCAAGAUCGUGCUCAACGCUUGCGUAGCGCAUCCACAUCGGGUGCCGCCGAUGACAGUUCCAGUCAGUCCGAUGAGGACCGAAAGCCGGCCAACAAACCUGGUGACGAUGGCCGCAAAGGACAGGAGACAGCUCGGUGA